AUGAGCAGUUUAAAGAAAUAUAUGAAGUCACUGGGGUUGCAUUUCUCCAGGGAGCGCGCAGAGCCAGGGGCAACGAAGGUAAGGCUAAGGAUAGUGGGAGAAAGAGGUAGGGCGACGCCAGGCCACGACACAACCGGUCUGACCAGAUGGGACCAAAUAAGAGCCGGAGAGGGGAGCGAACAUAUUCUGGCGGGAAGAUACGCGUGGAUCCUCUGUCGGAGUUUAGAGGCCUGGAUGGCAAAUUUGCAAAGAGGGUCAGGUACCGAAGAGGAGUUAACCGAAGGAGCGUGCACCCCAAGGGAGGCAGGGACAAUAGCAGGAACGAGAAAUUGGAACUUAUGCCCCCUCAGGGGCCAGCUAGAGUAUUGGACCCAUUAUGGCAUGGACAGGAAAUUAGAUUUCGGCAAAGGCGAGGAUAGAAGCUUCAUAACAUGUGUGGACAUAAUCUCCAUGAUGAUCACCGUCAUGAAUGAUAUAGCCGAAGGGAAAAAGGGUUGGCAAGUAGGAAACACAGAACAGGAUCCUUGCAGGACCCUAUUCACAUGGUAUGAGGAAUGGGCGGAUAACGACACAGCAAAACGCGUCAUGAACUUCCUGUUUCCUAGUAGUGGAGAAAUGAGGACAAACGAAGGAAUCAUCAGAAGGGAACAAAGCCAGGAACAGAACUUCUGGGCCCAGUUAUUGACGGGAGCCUUCCUGAAAGUCGUCGGACUUCAAUGUAGUAAGGACAGGAGCAAGGACGAGUGGACCACUAGUUGUCUCCGGCUACGGGAAGAUCACAGCUGCCAAGCCGAGCCGUCUCGACGGGACUACGAAGCCUGGGCCAACGAGGUAAGGAGAGCCGUCACUACCAAGGGCGACGACAAAAAAGAGGGGGCUACCAGAAUAGGCAGAGGUCACGGGGGGAGGGGGGGAAAGAAUAGGCCAAGAGACUCGAGAAAUCGCGCACGUUGA